AUGUUCGGGCGUCAACUACCUAGGCUAUCUACCAGUGGCCUUUCCUGCAAAGGGAAUGGGUAUCCGAGGAAAAAGUGUGCGCCGGAGUUUUAUGGAUGUUAUUUGUUUCGUCAAGAUAAGAGAUGAGAGCACUACGUAAGCUUUCGGCGUGGUUCGUGGAAUAUGGCAUAUUUCACGAACCACCCCCAACGCAAUGCACCUUCAGAGCAUAAGGUGUAUUGAGUCGUCCACAGUUUUCUGCGUAUCACACUCGUUACCGCUGUUUUGAAAAAGGCGGAGAGCCAUGCGAGCUGCUUCUUUCUGUCUGUAGUUUGCACCAUGCAAAAUUCUGCUUCCGCGGCACUUUUCGUUUUCCAUGCCGGCAUAUGGAGUGCAACGGUGUCUGGGUCGGCAUGGGUGUAGGAGCCUUCCGAUGUUGGUGCAUGAUACGGUGAAGCUAGCCUUUGCAGAUACAUAUAUUGUUGACGAGGUAUAUCGCCGGUCCGAAGCAAGAGUGAGCACGCCAGCGGCAUCACUGCCCCCGUCUCGAUGGCCAUAUUUGGAAGCAACAUACGAAUACAGGCUGCACGCAUGGGGGGGUCAAUCUCAAUGCGGCCUGCGGCUGCCACCAAAUAGGCCGAGCGCGGAGUUUUCAGCGAGUACCGAACGAGAAGGGCGUCCUCCCGGAAAUGCGUCUUCAAUGCGCCUGGCGCAACAUAUGAUAUCGGGCGCCCCUGCCUGGAAACAUUAGAGGCGCCGAGAGUAAAGCAGGCAGUCCGCAGGCCGUUGGCGCCAUAUUUCGGCCGCACGUGGCGGCCGCCAAAGCGGUGGAGCAGUCCGACGGCGUCUAGCCGCGGGGGCUACUGCUUUUUCUUUCUUUGCUGAGCAAAGAGACAGAGCGAAAGGGAAACGCGAAAUCCCGCCUCGCCUGCAUAUCUUGGGACCGGCUUCUAUUCCCAACAGCCGCAACGCCCCGCGCAGGGCUGUGCUGCUUCUCGUCGCUGCCGGGGGGACGAACAAAUGCCGCCGGCCCGGGGACAUUGCAGCGAACUUAGCGCGGGGCGCCCGCGUUCCAGAUUGGCACGCCCGGCGCAAGUAGUAGCUCGGCCGUUGCGCUAGCCUUCUGGUUUUGGUAGAUAAGACGUGCCGUUGCUGCAGCGGAAGUGCCUGAUGCGUGCGUUGGCCCCCGGCCCUUGUUUGUACGUAGAUUACGGCCGGUUAGUUAAAGCGGGCCAAGCCACCAACCCGUCCUCGCGGGUGUAGUUGUGUUUGCCAUUUUGUAUACACUGCGUGAGCCGUCGCCGUGGCGCAACCAGUGAUUGCGAUGGCGCGACAGCGAUGGCGCGGGGGAAAUUGAUGGCGAGCGGGGCCGGGCACGCCUGGCCUGCCCUUGGGAUAUCGACAGGCACCCCCCGCGCGCUGCCUGUGAGGCGCUGAGUUUGCGGUGCCUCUGCCGCCUUUCUCCGUGUUUUUUAUUUUUGUCCGGCCGCACCGCUUCCGCUGGUGUGUUAGUGUUUUGUGUCUUUGUCUGUGGUGCUGCCAGCUACGCUUUGCGCAAGACGGCACCAGCGCGCCAAGGAUCUGCGCGCGCCAUGAAGCCUGCGCGCGCUCGCAAUUUUGAGGCGAUCGAACAGUUUUGUUUUAAUAAAUUGGGUUAGCGCACACAGCAUCUUCGAGCAGUAAUUCAUUCUAAUUUUCGUUUUGUUGCACCUGGGGCGUGGCGACGGCGCGAUCAAAACUUCAAGUGUCUCCCGAAGUAACAGAAAACGCAACGCAGGUGUAGCACAGUAUCGGUAGAAGUUACUCAAAAGCAAAGGCGCGGCUUUAGAGAGGCUUGUUUGCGACUCAUACAUACUUGCACUGCAUACCGAAGUGGGGGACUGCAUCGAGUGGAAGGACAGCAUGAGUCAAUUUCUGGGGCAGCAACAGGGUGGCGCAAUGUAUGGGCCGUGCAGUCGUUGCAUUCUCAACUGAUGCAAAAACAAGAUGCCGUGUAGAUGUACUGUAAUUGAGAAGUGCCAAUCCACUUCUACGCGGGACAUAUAAGGGAUAGUGAUAGUGCUUUGAUCCUCGAGACGGAAGGAAGCGAUUUCUAGGGGCCGCAGCUAGUAGGCCUGAAGCGGCCCCCCGAGUAGCCGAAAAAAAUUUGGUGAAGAAGCUCCCGCCUUUGGCAGUUGCAAGAAUACGAGGUGCUUUGAUUGUGCCAGCCCAUCAAGGACAAUGGCCACGAAAAGUCAUCCAAGGCGCCCUCGUCAGGCGAAGCUACUUAUUUAGAUUGCUUGACCGAUGGAGCUGCCCCAUGCGUCGCACUAUUUUUGUUUAUGCCAAGGCAUCGAUCAGAGUCAGGCAGGUGGAUCCUAUGCAGCAAAAACACCAACAAGAAAAAACAAAAAGAGGACUUUGCGAUGCUUGUAUCGAUGAUUGUGGCCGCAGGAAAUCCAUCAGAUCGGCACUUGUGCUGCGUGGCAGUGCGGUGACGAGAGAGUUCCAUCGAGCGCCACAACGCGCAAAGGAAAGAAGUGCCACAGCUGAGAAUGCACCAGAGUUGGACGCCAUACAAAGCAAAUAGAUUCAAUUGCCUGCCAUUACGGUGCGCCGAAUGUGAUGGAUCAAGCCGGCGUAGGUUCGAGUGCGUCAGAUAUUUGCCGUAGACUUGCGGACCGGCUGAAAAGAGAAAAGGCGGACAUGGCGGCGUCUGAUGCGGAAUAUCCAAGCUCGGCAACCAAGCCUCGCCCACCGGGUUGCGAGUUCGGGUACCCCCCAACGAACGGAGUAGUCAUACAGAGGGUCGAGUUCGAGCUUCCUACACCGCAGAAUUAUGCUCUGCAAAAUGGAUUGUGUUCUCUGUGUCUGGGACUGCCGCUGCCUCUGCGUUUGCCCUGGACGGCGCUUUGCAAAGUGAAAACAAAAUCCAUCAAUCUCUACUCACAUGAUGCAUGAAGCGACGCGGUCGUUUGUUUUUUGUUUUAUGUGGGAUGGUGCAAAAGUAGCUCUGUUGCUUGUCCUUGUCGUGUGCAAUGCUAUUGAAGCUGUGAUUGCGGCUGCCUUUUGAAAGCUUCUGCGUUGUUUUUCUUUUCUCCUCUGCAGAAGACCAGUAUGAUAGAUUGAUGGUCAUUGAAUAAAGCCAUGGCGUUCCUCAUUCUCUUCAACUUUUCGAAAAUUGUAUUAUUCAUGGAAAAACGAAAAAGGAAGAAAGAAAAAAGGCAUCACUCUGCAACACACCAAUCCGCGGUGCGGACGCGACGACCGUUUGUGCCUUCCCAGACUCGGACACGUUUCCCGUGGAUAGUGAUGGUGGGCGGUGUUUGAAGAAAGACUCUCAGACGAAGAAGGUUCUCUGUGACUACAAGAAGGAUUUGAACAACGCGGAGCUCCUGCAGAACAUUCGGACAUGGUACAGCAGUUCCGGUGGAAAACUCGCGAGCAUGGGAUACCGCGACAUGAUUGUCAGCGCGGAUACCCCCCCAUGUAACCUCUUCCAUUUCUUUGACACGUCGACGCGAAACAUUGUGGAGAGAGCGAGAUCAGACCAGAGGUUUGAAGCGUACAAGAAAGAGAUCCUUGCGCUCAAUGAGAAUGAUCACGCAGCAGUCAUCGGCAACGGAGACCGGGCCGGGUAUUACCUCGGGGUUGUCAAUGCCUAUCUAAACCCCACGACAAGCAAAGCUGAACCAAAGCCUCUCAAGAUCGAGGAUCCAGGCCAAGUUACCGAACAAAAAAUCAUAGAGGCGCAGAAGAAGAUCGGUCUCGGUAAGAUUACUGUUACGGGGCAGAACGGGGAAAAGCAGGACCUUGAAACGAUGCACGAGAAGAAUCUGGAACAGCACCCUGAGCCGGCGCCUGAACCGGCGACCUGGCCAAGAGAUUAUCAUCAGAAAGAAGCUAGCACGCUAGCGCAUUUGUGAUGCAAAAAUGAAAAGAAGGGAGAGGAGCUUCUCGUUGCCUUCUGUUCAACUUGUGUGUCUUAGACAGUGCGAUGCGUUGGGCUCUCCCAUGAGUACCUUCUGUAUGUUUUUUUUUGUAUCACGGGUUUUCUUGAAUUCGCAACGUUGCAAAUGCCUGCUGUGAGCAUGCGGGAGCUUUUCUGGGUGAUGCUGAUGACGAUCAAAGCGGGCGCUCUGACAAGGUGUGCAGCUACCUCACGAAAGGGAAAAUCCAUCGGGUUCCCAGAGAUUGGAUAGAAACAGCACAGAAGGACGCAAAUGGAAACAGGGUGAAGGUCCAGCACCACGCAGCGGGCAUGUGCGUGAAGUUCAAUAACAGGGACCUGACACUGACUCCUUACAAACAGUGGAAGAUAAAGGAUUUUGCAUGUGUCUACGUGAAAGGGACGGAAAGCGCUGCUUCGACCACCGGAGGAUGUCAGCACAUUCAGAACACAGAAGACCAGGAUGCCGCCUUGGAAAACGCCUUUACAAAUGUGCCUCGAUACGUGGAGGGCGGGGGCUACCAGAAGCACGCGGACUGUGAAUUUGGAAAACCAGACACAGGGGGGACUAGUUUUUCUUACUACUUGACCAGAAAGGGGCCGUGCAUCAAAAGAAACAACAAGGGUGAGCCGGUUUGUUACUUCGGUUUUACAAGUAUGAGGGUGUCAGGCUCGAAACCGACGAAGUUGAAAUAAGUUUGUCCUGCAUAAACCCGACACCUCCAGGACCAGCGUCACUGUAGCCCCCAAUUUCUAAUCGACGCAUGACAAAUUUCGGCAGCAUCGAAACUCAAUUUGUGGCAUGCGAUUUCGGGCAAAGAAGGCUACUUCUGUCACGCUCCCUCGCAGCUCCAUCCUUACCCCAAAACAGGCUUACAGUUGCCCUCACUCGUGUUCCCUCCAAUGCAGGUGGUUUGUGCUUUCCGCUUUUAUAUGGCAUAUAGCCUUGCAUUGCAUCGCACAUUAUUAUUUCAACUUUGUAAAUUUCAAGCCUGACGCCUCCAUAAGAACACCCAUGCACUGCCGCAAGAUCGCAAAGGACGAGUCAAAGGCGCAGGCGAAACGGGUUGGAAUGGGGGUUCUCGACGACAACGCAAGCCCGGACUUUUUCCUGACCAAGUGGGACGGGUUAUCUUGAGUAAAUACGCCCCCACCGCAGAAGCAGGUGUCAUGCAAAUCUGCAUGCUUGCAAUGUUUCUCAUACGAAGCCCCAUGAGAGCCAUUUUUUAGUGUUGCUUUGAAAUUUGUGAUGCUCGAAUAUGCUAGUUCUGUGAUGAUACCGCACUAGCUAAACACGAUUACACUGCGAUGCGAUCCCAAAUUAUUUACACCUCUGCCAGGUGUCGACCCUGCACCUACCAACUGGUAGGAGGAGGGUCGUGGGCUUUUUGUUUGCUCUUGGGCUUAUUUUCGAAGACUGCGAUGGGAGGUCCCGCGGGUAUUGGUGAGCUAGCACCCUCGGGCUUUACCCUGCGUGACCAGGGCCCUCCCAUGAGAGCACUUGCUUCGUACCUCCAGGCUUUUGGUCGGCGUCCUUGGUCGGAUGCUCCUGUUCUUGGUUGAAGUAGGGCCCCGUGUGGCUGUAGCGUCUUCCUUCUUGCCCUACUUAGGUUUUGGCCGCGCCCCGUCGUACUUCGUGCAGAAAAGUUCUCGUCCUUCCCUCGUAUAUGCAUGCUCGCCUUCCCCUCCCGAAGUUUAUAAGUUUCUCUUCCCCCUCUACUCCCCUCUACUUUAAGUCGCAUCUUUUUCUCACGCUGCACGUAUCCUCGCGUUAAGUUGCUGCCUAGAAGUGCUUUUAGUAGUUGUUACGUGCUUGCUUAUUAAAACGUUUUAUUGGUCUUAGUAGGGCAUGAUGCCAACGGGGACGGACAGCCCUUAGAACUCCGACGUCAUGCGCAACAGCCAGUGCUUGUUAAUUUGUGUAGCAGCUUUCCCAUCUUGCCUCUGGGGUGUGGGUCCCGGUUUUGCUCACGAUACCGAAAGCGCAACGCCUAUGUGCGCCUCGGUCGGCCAGGUGCAAUUGCAACACCAGUUGGAGAGACAAUGAAUACGAUAUCGCUCUCAGAAGCCAGGUUUGUUGAGGGACCGCAGCCCGGAACGAGGACAGCACACGGAUUUAGUUGGCUCUACGAUCCGGUAGCGCACCCAUUCAGCACUACCCUUGGCGAAGUGGGUCCGGAGAAAAGCAAUGCACAGGCAGUACUUCUAACGCAGUCCACUUAUCGCCCUGAAGAUAUUUACUUCGUGUAUGACAGCAAUAAGUGGCCAGAAGCAGAGUUUCCGUAUACGAGUAAGCUUGACCGCGAGGACGUGGCUUACAUCCAAGAGUCUGGCGGUGCGCCGGUGCAACUACUCGGGUCCACGACCACGAUGAAGCGAGCCUAUACACUUGAACUGCUGAAAUACCAGCAGGAUGCAUGCCGCAAGCUUCAGGGGCACGCGGCAGGCUGGGAAUUGGCAGAGGAAGCUCCGAGCGGGAAGGCAAACAGGGUUGACGGACACUUCCAGCAUGACAAGUUUGACGAGAACAAUAGGCUGCCUCGUCAAGUGGGGCACGCGGGUGCGAACUCCUGUGAGAGGAUUUGCUCGAGCUGCGACUGGUUCGAAGGAUUCGGCAAAAAAGACUUGGGCCCGGCAAAGGAAAAACUGGACUUGGGGGCAUUCGUUUUCUGGAACCGAAAGUCCAUUGCAAAUGCAGAGAGGCGCAAAGACAAGGACGCGCCGACGAGUAUUCGGUCUUUGCUCGGAGGAGGACCGUCGAAGUUGCUAGAAACCUUUGGACCGCCAAAUGCGUACGCAUACAAGUUAUACCAUACGCCAGGGCUAGUCAAGAACAGUCAGAGCAGCCUUCUGCGCGUAACGGGUAUGCCCCUGACGAGUUACGAACAGGCCCAGCGAGAAAACGUCUUUUUCGGACGGAACAACUGGUUUGGUGACGGUAACGAGGACCCAGCCUCUGAUGAGUUUCAGGGGCGCUGCGCGGUUGGUGCCGAGGGGACAACGACCACCGAUCGGACAACGACCACCGAUGUGUAUAUUCCUCUUGUGGAUCUGCAAGAGAGCAAGCUUGCCUGCGAGUUCUGUGAAAGAAGAGAUCCGGGAAGAUUUGCUGCCGCGAAAGAGGACGCAGACCUUGCGGAAUUGUGCGCGGCGUGCGCUGGCGUUGUUAUCAUGCAGCAGCUGCGCGAAACAUUCAAAACGGGGCGGGCGACGUCCAAACUCGCUGCAGGUGUUGUCACCGGCUACCCGAGUGAUCAACAAGACGAGCCGUCGUGCGAGCUGAAUGUCAGCGAGCAUGAGGGCAUCCGCGAGGUUAACUACAUCCAGAAAACAGUGCUACAGAAGCAGUACAUGAAACAAUGUAAGAACCAGGUCGACGAUCUGGAAGAACUUAACAUAGAGCAGAUACGAUUAGACGCCGAACAGGAGAUUCGUAAGUACCAUGACAAGUAUCCUGAGCCGAAGGUGGCAUUCCCCAUGGACUCGGAUUGCAUCAAGCAACCCUAUGCUGCCAGUUUUGACAAGUACACCAUCGAACUGUAUAGCUCGGACGCGACUUGUCGAUCCGAACUGUUCCCUGACCGAGGACUUGACGCAACUUUUACAGGCCUUGUCGGCAUUCGGCAUUUCCAACUGAAACAGGACCCCAUAAAUCGGAACUACCCGGAGUUCGGUGCAGCAACCGAGCUAACGGAGGGGCAGGGGCGCAAGUUGCUAACAGACGGGACCUUUUAUGAUGUCGAGGGGGAGCGACCGGGGCUGUAUCACGUUUUUUGGGCCUGGGUCCCGAACCAACCGCCAUCGUAUUCGCACCGGAAAUGGCUCGGAAGCCUUCCUGAAAAUUGUCAGGAGGACGUCAGCAGAAUUUGCAGGGGAGCAGAACCAACGAUUCGCAAGGCGACCGAUUGCCCACAAGCCUGCGAAAAACGCCUUCAACAACUACAACUGGGUCAAAACGGGGAAGGAGCUCCCGCAUACCUCGAGGUGGGCGCUGACUUUACGGCAGAUGUUAAUCCUGGGGAAUGCUCGGCCCUUGGCAUCUACCGCCAGAUACUGAAUUUCAAUCGGCGGCAGCACCCGGGUGGGCGCAGCCUUUGCUUUAUGGACGUGCAGCUGCAGGACCGCUCCAAGCGAGAAGGUUGGGGGAUGUUUAGUGUAAUGAGACCGAACCUAGUGGGGCACAUUGAGCAGCAGGAGCCGAAAAAGACAAUUCUUUUGUCCGAGGAUUGCGCAAAGAAGCUCGACGGCAUUUGUGCAGGGCAGGAGAGGAAAGAGCAGAGGAAGAAACUUCACGACACCAAGGAAUUGCUGGUCUAUCUGGCUGGCGAGCUGAAAGUCCUGAGGGACAAACUUGGCAAGGCGCAUGAGGUUUUCAGUCAAGCUAAGGAGCUUUAUAGCAAGGCCCGCAACGCUGUAUCCACGUUUCAGACUCAAAAUCAUCAAGGGCUUGCGCACGCUUUGCAGAACAAAAUCAUAUCGAACUGGGUUCUGCCAGAAAAAGAAGAUCCGGAGACAACUUGGGAUACUCAACACGCCGACCUCGAGCGCGCUUUCACAGAGUAUGAGAGAAAGCUCACAAAGGCGGAUGCCGACGCCCAGAGAGGCACUGCGGAUGUCCCCGAGCUACCCAACUUUGAGCAAAGGGUUGACUGGUUCGUCCAAAGUGCUGAUGUCCUCGUCAAGAAAAUGCAAGACGUGAGCAGUUUCGCCGAGGCUUUGCAGAAGCUUUCGGGUGUGCAAAAACAAGUUGCAGAGCUGCAACAGAGCGCGGAUAAUUCUCGGUGGCGUAACGUGGGCCAGGUGGACAGUGUCCUCCCGUACGUGGUUUGUAUUGAUGACGCGGCGAGGGCCUUGGAGCCGGCUACGGGCGUGCAAGCUCUUAUAUGUCACGACAGCCAGCAUACAAAUAGCAACACCGACGAAACCGGGAAGCGAAAUUUUAUACACAAUGUGUCGCGCUGCAGAAUGAGGAUGCAGGAUACGCGCGGAGCCUUGGAGCUGCGGCGCGAAAAUUUUCGCAUGCUGACAGCGGCAAUUUUGCCCAUCGCGACCCGGCCAAAAUGUUUUCAUGAAUAUAGUUUGCGAAGGCUUCCUUUGGCUGCCGACAAUUUUGCCGAAAGAGGGCCCACCCGCACGAUUCCGCCGGGGAAAAACUGAAGCGAAACUUUUAAAGCAAAAUCGCGAAAACUGUUCAAAUCCGAAAGAACCUCAUCAACCAAAGCGCCCCACGAUUCACCCCGGGUUCGGUUCUGCCCCCAUCGCGCCUUUCCAUUUUCAGACUUUUUGCGUACUCCCUCCGCAAAUUUUUUGAAGUGCGCUGACUUUUUGCGGCAGAAGUUUUUUCGUGGCGGCCCACAUGAAAAUAAAGACUGCGUUCGCGUUGUGGUUGCGUUUUUUCAUGAAAACUGCGGCGCAGUUUGUUGUUCCGCCUUUUGAAGGCUGCUAACAGCAUGGUUUGGCAUUGGCGAAAGAGCGGAAAGCUUUGAGACCCAAAACGCCAGACAUGACGGAGCCGGCCGGAGCACGCAGGGACGUCCGCAAAAGCAAAGAAGGACAAAGCCCCGGCAGGAGAAAUGCGGGCCUCUGCCGGCUUCCCGGGGAUAAUUUUUUGCCCCGGGGCCCCCCACGCCCGGCUGUCCACCCGCCCUUGAGGCAUCCGCGUUUCUGCUUGAGAUCGUUCGCCCCCCCCGGGGAGUCUUCUUGUCCCCGGGAGCCUCCUCGCCCGGCUGGGGGCCGCGGCUCUUCCGAGAAGGAGGCCAAUUCAUUCGGGCUAGCCGCGGUUGCCUUUCGGGCGGGAUUUGCCGCGCCACUCCGGGAUUGUUGGUCCCAUGCCGGGCCCGUUCAAUCGAGGGGCAGCCGGGGCAGGCGGGCCAAAGCAAACAGGGGCAGGGCACUCCGGUAAGGAUUCUGGAAUCCCCUCACGGGCCCUCUACAAUGCGUUCUCGCCAAGUCGGACCCAUGCCGGCCGCCGGACCCAUGCCGUGCCGAGCGAAUUAAGCCAUCCUAGUUUCGUAACGUCUUUCCGGGCCCUCCAUCGGAACCCCCGCCCCAAGGCGGGCCCGUUUCGCCUGCCAACGUAUGGGCCACGCGAGGCGAAUGGAGCCCGGUAAUUCCGAGGGGGAUUUGGAAAGCCUCGGUGGGCUCCUUUAUCAGCCCGGCCGGUCGAAACCGGGCCCGGCCUGCCAUGCCGUCGGGGGGGGGGCUGCGCAGGUAAGUUGUCCAAAUUUAGGUCAGUGGACUUGCGGGGAGCCGCCUUUUGCAGAGCCCUCCGUCUCGCCUGGGUCGCCGCUGCGUUGUGCCUGCGUGCACCAUCAGAAGUGCAUUGCUGCCAAUCAUUUUGCCACAUGUGCCAUCAGAAGUGCAUCGAAUCGCGAGGGCCGUGAGUGGGCGAGUGAGUGCCUGUAUUUAUUUAAGUCGGGCCAUUGCCGUCUCAUGGGGGCGACGUAGGGCGGUUCAAUCUGUGGCGGGCCGAGGACAUCUUUUGCACGCAGAAGGCUUGUUUGGAAUACCUGCAGACCCCUCUGCGCACCCCCCCUGCGUCGGGCUUAUUCCGGCAGCGGGGAACGGCCGGCGCCGCACGCAGGGCGACCACAGUUCGGCCGAGGGCCCUGCAAGGUGCCCGGCAUUCCGCGGGAGAACGCGCGGCCAGGCCCCGCGCGUGGGGGCUGCUUCAGCUGCUUUCAGGGGCCGAAAGCAUCUCCCAGGCAGCAGCCAUGUGAAAGCAGCAUGCCCCUGGAAAUUAGCAGUCCCGGAAAGCAGAAGCCCUAGAGAGGCUGUUGGCCUUCUUCGCCCCUGCGCAGAAAUAACUCCUAUGAGCAAUGGCCAUGCGCGCUGCGCCCUGCCUGCCAGCCGUCCCGGGCUCCUUGGGUAGCGGGCUGCGCCAGUCUCCGGGGCCCCGGGGGGCAAAAAAAAGCGGAAAAGGCUAAAAAGAUAAAAUUACAGGAGGAAAAGAAGCUGCGGGCGCGAGGGGCUGAACCGCGGUGGCCAGCGCCCGCGUGUGGUUUAGUGGGUUCCGAAAAAGGCCGACCCCAUAUUCAAACUAACACAAAAUCAAAAAAACCGUUUGUCGCCGAGCGGCCUGCGCUUGUGUUGCUUUUGCUUCGUGGUCCCGGUUUCGUCGGGUUUCGUUGUGCUGUCUUGGUUCUCCCGGACACACCAUGAGCUUCGCGAGCCGCAUGGGUGUGCCUGUGCGGCAACAGGAACAGGCUGUGGUCGCCAAGCUAAAAAGCUUCUUCUCGCUUUCCACCGCACAGCAGGACAGCUCGGGAGCCGGGGCGCAGCGCAAAGACGGGGGCCUCGGAGAGCGUGCCAACUGGGUUCGCAACCGUAUUGCGGACGGCGCAACAAGUGCGGCGGAUUUGGCGGGUGACGUGGCGGCGCUCGAGAACGCGCUCAAGUCCGCCAAGAGCGAUGCUGGGCGAAUUGAGAGCGCAUGGACUGACUUUGCCGCGGAGCUGCAAGGGCGCUUGGAAGCGCUUGAAAGAGAGUCGGGGGGCCCGCAAUCGGCCGAGCACAAGCACGCAGCGCGCGCCUUUUUGGAGUGCCACAGCCACGAAACGGGAACAGGCGCAGCGGGCCUGCUUCGCUUGGUCGCCAUCGCUGAGAAAAACGAUAGAUUGGCAAGCCUCAUCAGACAGGCCCCCGGAUUCAUGAUGCAUAUAUUAAAGCAAGUGACAGCCAGCGCGGAAGAGGCCCUGGAGGCGAGGCUGAGUGAGCUCAGCAAGCGGUGCGACGAGCUGAGCGAGGAGAGCUGGGGGCGCCGCGGGCUCGCUGAUGUCUCCGAUGAGAUCCCUCCGGUCUCCAUUAAAGGGCCCGGCGGGGAGACGAAGAUCCUGGAAAAACCAUACUACGCGCCGCAAGCAGACGCCGGGGCACUGAGAUCCGCGAUGGCCACGGGAACCUCUGCCAACGCGAUUGAGAACAGUCUGAAGGGCAGCCGCGACCAGCAUGGAGUUUGGCAAGACGAGCUGAACAAAGUGGAAAACGUAUCCGGGGGAAAGUGGCUUGGGGCUAGCGUUUUCGCCUUUGCUAGGGUAGGCGUAGGCAGCCCAGUGAAAUGCCUUUGCGCUUUUUGAAGAUUUUGCCGCGGCCACCUGCCGUGAAAGCGGCCGCACCGCAGACAGCUUGAACCGUGAAAGCAAAGGGGCCGCACUUUCUUGUGUCGCCCUUCGAAGUGCGCCGGACCCCCGCUAAUGAGGGGGAUUACCCCUACGCGCCCCUCGUUUGCCAGCAACCUCGCUAGCGGCUGGCGCAAAAUCUCGGGGUGAGCCGCUGGGCACACAAAAUUAAUCGGCGCGCCAGCAGAGGCGCGCCCCAGUUCUUCGGCGGAUGGCCUUUCCUGUCCGCUCUGCAUAUGGCAGAAAGCUGUGGCGCUUGCGUGGGUGGGCGCUUUUGCUGGGGAGGGGUAACACUAACAGCUCCGCAGACUUUUCGGUGGGGCCGCGCACUUCUCCAUGGUCCGCGGAGAGAGGCGUGAAGAUUUAAGGGCGGCACGAUAAAGACCACAGGAAGGUAGGGUAGAUCUGCUGCGGCGCUAGCAGCCCCUCGAGGCGGCGUGGUUUUUUGGUGGGCCCUGUCGUGCCUAGUGGCCGGCACGCACGCAGCGUCCGCUUCCAGGCGGGGCCGCUUCGUAUCGGGCCGCGAAUGGGCGCCGGGGCGCGCGAUGGCGCUUGCCCCGCAAAUCUGGGCGCGUUCGGCGUUGGUAGUGCUUUGGGUGGGUUCUCGUUACCUCCGCGGCGCCAUGGGAUUCGUAGCAUAUAUUUUGGGGCGCCUUCUCGUUAGCCGCGGCCGCCAGGUGGCUUGAAUUUCAAGCGCCCAAGCGCUCAUCGAAGCCACGGGCGGCGGCGCGCGAGGUUCUGGGAUUGGAAAAUCCCUGAUCCCAUCAAGACGGGCCCAAAGGGGGACGGGGGGUCGAGCAGAGGUCUGGAAGCGUUAUGGGAGUGGCAGCCUGUUGGCCUGUCGCUGCCUGUGUUUCCUCUGGCGGCCAACAGAGAGAUCACUGGCGGCCGGGCGCCUGCUUUGCUCCAUCCGGGCCGGGGGCGUCGGGCGUUUUUGAUUUUGACUGGGACAAGCGCGCGCACAGAUGUCCUUUCGGACCGCGCCCGCGCGUUGCCGCUCGAUAAGAGCGGCGGCAUGCUUGCUGCGCGCUACGAAUUAAUGCGUCUGGUCGUAAGGUGUCCAUCCGCUUCCGCGCCAUUACAAAAAGAAAACAAAGAGAAAGGAGAGGCGCCGGCAGGCGCCGUCAAGUCAGUGCGAAAACCCCAGCACCCGCCGCUUCGCUGUCGAUAGAGCGUAGACGGCCUCCUCGCUGACCAGGACUUGUCGCAUGACUUCAAAGAAAAAUGGAGAGGUGGCUUGCAGGCAAAAUGCAUCGCGGCGCAAUUGUACACGACCCGCCUGCUACGUGUCUGGGAGGCAGUCCUGGACAAAAUCGGCGACCAAAUUCAGGCCGCAUCCAAGGCGGAGCAGGAUCAGCGCCUAAAGGAAGCAGAGGAAGCCGAAGCAAGGAGCCGCGUCGCGGACCUGCGCCGCCGUGUGGAAGGGUUAUUGGAUGGCGCACGCAAAUUGGUUUCGCGCAUAUCGGACGACCGGGGCGCAGCCGAGGAAGCGCGAAAGGACAGGUACGGCGGUUUUCUAGUCCGCGCAAAGCAGCUGGAAGACACAGCCAGCAAUCUCGACCAGCAGGCCAGGCAACUCGACAGGCCAGGCGAUGGUAGGUUCGAAGACGUGAACAGUAAGUGCAACACCGCCGCGAGCGAACUCGAGGUCCUUGAGAAAGAAUAUGACCGUGAGCGCACAGAGAUGCAAAGCGAGGCGGAGCGGCUGGCGGAGUGGCGGCGCAAGAAAGGAGAACUCCAAGGAGAGGGCGGCCCCUGCUUUCAGGUAGAGGCAUUUGCCGGAGAUGAGGCCACUUGGGCGACGCUGGAAGAGCUCGUCGGCGAGGUAGAUGACCUCCUCGCGGAGCAGCGGGGACCGGGGGCAGGUGCGGUGGUGAAGAAUCCAGCGGCGGGAAACCCCGGGGAGGCGCGCGAAGCCUUUCGGAGGCUCUCUGAAAGUGCCAACGCGGCGCGUGGCCCGCUUCACUGGGACACCAUCAGUGGGUCAGAGGAUAUCGGUGCCGCAGAAAAGGCCUGCAACAAGUUCGACGAAAGCGGGAAAGCCCUCGCAACCGCUCUAGCCGCGCGCCUCGUGGAGCUCGGGGGGAGCGAUUCGACCGCGGUACCAUCGGCACACCCGGUUUCGCGUCUUGCCGAGAACUUUAUGGCGCGGUAUGAGCAGAAGGGCCAGGACGGCAUUUCCGCGGAGUUGGUCGACGCCCUGACGCGAGUGGGCCGCAGAUGGAAACCCAAGGAAGGCCACCGCGCCGACUGGCUCGUUAGCGAACUUCUGCGCUGCGCCGCCGCGAUCAGAAACGCCCGCGAUGGAUGGGCGCGCGAGAAAGAAAGGGUCGAAAGAGUGUGCGGCGCGAUUGCAAAUGCAUGCGCCGCGGAGGAGGGCGGCGGCGCUGCAGCAGGGGGGCCUCUCAGGUGGCCGCGCGAGCACGAGUAUGCGGAGCUCGUAGACCUGGUGCGAGAUGGCUUCAGCAGUUUCUCGGCACCGCAGCAGGCGGGCUCACGCCUUUCGUUCGGCGCGUGGUUCGCGCCAUUGGUUGCGGCAGCGCUCCCCCCGCAAAGGCAGGAACCGUUGGUAGGGUUGUUGGAGGGUGUCCAAAGUGCCUGGGACACCUCCUGCCUUGUUGGGCAAGUUGGUUCCACCCGCUAUGCCAAGCUGGAGGACGCCUGGGGACGCUAUCUGAGCGAGCUCACGUCCCGCUUGGAUGUACUUGGCAAGGCAAAAGAAGACGCGGUGCGCAGCUGGGUAGGCGACUUUGCCGGACCGCUCGCUGACGUCGAAUUACAGUUCGCAAAGGAGCCGGCUGGCCUCUUUCUCGCGCAUGUCGACGCGGAUGCUAGCGACAGCCGUGCCUCGCCUUGCCUGGGCCGCGGGGUUUCUGCCAGUGCCCGGGGCCUUGUCUCUGCUAGCAUCGAAAACAUGGCCAGCCAAGCGGACGAAGCAGCAGCGCGGGCGGUGUCGUCUCUCCGGGUCGCCCGAGCUGCUGCUUUCGGGGACGCAGCGGGGGCGGAGGUCGAUCGCGAGGCGGACCGGCUCAGGGAGCAGAGGGGUGCGCAGGAUACAUUGCAGGGCGACGGCCUGCGUAUUGAGGAGGACACCGGGCGGCGCUUCGUUGCCGCUGUGGAUGGUUUUCACAAUGCACUUCUUGAAGCCAGCAUCGAACUCCCCGCGCCGCUGACGUUAGGGAGCGCGGGCGACCUGUGGGACGCAGCCAAGCUCCUGCGCGAUUUGGCUAAAGGGGGCAGCGCCGAGGAAAUACGAACUGCGCAGGGGGAUUAUCGCGCGAAGCGCGAAUCCUUCGUCACCUCCCUGGGGCAUUGGUUGAGCGCCCUCGCGCAGUGGCCGGGCGCGGGCGCCGACCGGGGGUCCACGGAGUUUUUAGAGGCCUCGGGGUAUGGUGCGGUGCCUGUAUUCUCUCGCGACUUGGAGGGCCCUGCCACGGCAGCUGUUGGCAAGGUCUACGACUGGGCGGCUGGAGACCUGCGAAGGCGCGCUGAGAAAGUCGAAGCCGACAUGGCGCAGGCAGUUCGAAACUACCGGCGCGGCGCCCACGGGCAAGUAGACGCCGCACUAAAGGAGCUCGAAGAAUCCCUGGCGUUAUUUUGUAUCGCGCUGAUAAAUGUUGUCCUUUUUUUUCGCUAAUGCCUUGGCAGGGUACCACCGCUGGAGCCACGGCGGUGGUUUUCUUUUUGUGUGGAUGGCCUUCCGGGAGGGGGCAGCAGAGCGCCGACCGGGAUUCCGGCAAAUAGGUAGUGGCGCCUACCAGUCCACUGCGCUGUUAGUUUUGCUUGGCGUGGUCCGUUUGGUUCUCGGCGCGGCGCUACCCCCUCGCCGCCCGCCCUAUCAGGGAUCACUUCCGGGCCGGCUAGAGGCGCGCAAAGCGUGUUGGCGCGGGUUUUUUUCUUUGGGGGUCGCGCGGUCCUGUGCCUGGAGGCGCUUCGGCCCAAAUCAAUGCAUUUUGCGAGCCCUCCGCCCCCACUUGUGUCGGACUAGGGGCGCGUGGGCACUGCACCCCGCCCAGUGCCAAGCCACCUCGCCACCACUAGGGGGCAGGGGCGUUGGCAGUUCUCACACAGGCGGACCAGAUUCCGGACGCCAGACCGCGAGCUACUAUCCAACACCCCGAAGGAAGGAGCCUGCCGGGAUGCGAGCAAAACGGGCACCCCUCCUGGAUUUCCCAACCACCUUCAUAGGGCUGGCCCCCGAGGCUGGGCGCCCCCAACCAAAUGCCCGAAGCCACAGGCCCGGGGCUGUUGGUGUGGUAUUUUGUUGCGCGCCGGGUAGCCGACGCAACCCACCGAUCGAGCGGGCCCAGGUCCGCUUCCGGAGUUUCGGGGCCGGCCGGCCGUCUCCACGCACAGACGCGAUGGCGGCCCGGCCGGGUUGCGAGCGGUGUGGGCCUCGUUGAAACCUGGAACGCGGCCCCGCCAAGGCUUUGCGCUGGCUUUUGUGUUGCGAGUGCAUGGCCCCGCCGAGGCUCUGCGCUGGCUUUUGUGCUGUGGGCGCGUAAGGGGCGCUCCAGGGAAGGCAGCGUGGUGGGGCGCAUCCGCAGGUUCCUGGCGGGAAGCCUGGAAGCAUGUCGCGCAACGUCGCUCAAGGUAGGUGUGGCGCGCCAGCUUAUGCGCUUCUGUAGCCAUUGAAGCGACAGAGAGGCGAAGGCGCAGAUGCGCAAGGCCGCAGGGCGCCCCCUGUCCUGGAUCUCGCCUCCCGUGUUGCGCGGCCGGACGGGCGGGCGGGGUGACUUCGAUGUCUCCUGCAAGGCAUGUACGAGCAACCGAUGUCGGGCUUCGCCCGCGCAGGAUAUUUGCUCCGCCACUGUGCAGUGAGCCUUGCCUGCAGCCUCUUGGCCCGGGUCUCGCUCCUGGGCCUGAUCCUUCGGCAGCGGGCUGAGGCCAGCCAGCGGGGUUGAAAACUAAUGAGGCCCGCCGCGGGCCUCUUCUCCAAACCGGCACCGGGCCAGGCGGGGAGCCUGGGUCCGCAAGGUUCGGCUGGUGGCCUACCGCCCGGUAGUCGUCUAUCGAUUAAAAAAGGGGUCGGCAGGCGACCGCGCCUACCGUGAAUGCGGCCUCUCCGGCCCGGGGAUCGUGUGCGCGCGGACGCAGCAGGCGGCCGCGAAGCGUGCAGGGUCGGCCGGAACCGUAGCCGACGGCCGUUGCUACUGUGGGGCGCCCUAGGUACUUACGCUGGACGAGGAGGCAUGCGUGUUGUGGGUGCAUAAGGAUGGGAGGUUCAUUGGGGGUUGCCGGGUACGUAGAUAUAGUCGACCGCCCCCGAUUUAAUUUUUUGGCUAGGGGGCCGCCGAUCGGAGACGCAGGCACAUUGGUGCGCUCUUUACGUGCAAGUUUGCGCCGCGCUUGUUGUUAUUAUUGAUCACGAGCGCAUGCGCAGCCCUACGCCCACGCGAAAGUAAAAGAAAAAGUAUGCGGGCCUCCGACGGUGUAUUUGCAUGUGACACAAGGGGCGGGGGCCGCGGUCCGAGUUUGAGUAUGCGAUGGACACAGCGCAUCCGCAUCGGCUGGCCACGCCGGCCUUUUCUGUCAGCUGGCGGCGGUUUAACUGGGACAACUUUUAUCACUACAGUAGCCCAGAAGCGCCCGGAUGUGGUGCAUCCUGGCAGCUGGAAGCCUGCCAAUUUUCGUGCAGCCUUUACCGGAAUGCCUGGGCACAGCGAGGAAGUUUUGGAACUGGAGCGGAAGCUGGAGAAGUUGAAGGGGCUAUUGCAUGCUUUUCGAGAGCGAGCAAAGCGGGUGAGUGAUGUAAUGGAGGGUUAUGGGCAACAGAAUACAGUAGCUCACGCAAAAAACGUGCUCCGUCCCCGGUGUGCAAGGUGUCAGCUGUUUCACACAAAUGCAGGGGCUUUGUAAUGUGUGCAAGACAAACUCAAACACAAGAUUGAGCGUGGGCCCACAGUGUCGUGCACUUGAUUAGCGAGCAUGUGCCUGGUCGCGUCGCGAAGCUUCUUGACUAUGCUAACUAUAAUUUGUGGAGCAUUUUGCCACCAGAUUGCGCCGCAUGAAGAUGGGGCGCAUGAUCGUGUGCUUUUCCUGCGACUAGCAGUGGCACUGGGGCUGCAAAUAACGUGUGUGACAAAUACUUGCAUUGAGGGGCUGGAGGGCGUUUUUACAAAGGAUAGGAAGAUUAUGUGUGUGCACAGCCCCCCCCCCUCGCCCUCGUUUGACGGGUAUGGGCAGCAGCAGAAGUAGUAGUGGCACAAUGAUGAACUUGAACAUCAAUAGACUCUGCAUGGCAAACUCGGAAAUGGAGUGUAGUACAGGUUCGUUUGGGUUUCAUCGCAACCUGCUCAAAUAAGACAAAGACAAGGUGGGUCCUGGUAAUUUUGCAUGACAGAUGAGUGGAGGGGGGCGUGCAGUUUUAUAAAGAUGGAGCUACUUCACAGGUCUGGGACGCAUUCCUCGACUCCAUCGAGCCGCCACUGAAGCCGUAUUUGGACCAGCUACAGAUUGCAGUAUUUCUCGCGAGCGUGGCCCAUCCGAAGUGAAAACAGCUGGCGCUUAAGUAGCUGCAUGCUCUCUGCUUCAGGAGCAGAUUGAUAUAUUACUGUGAUACACCUACAAGAACCCGGCUGGGCCUUUGCCUGAGGAAGCCCGAAGUCGGUGCUUUCUACUUUGCAUGAAAAGCCUCGCUGUAACCGUCCCUGCGUUGUAUAGCAAGUCCGCCGCCUGCUUCAUGCAUGAUAAUUUGCUACAAUGGCAUGACGGCGAGGACCCUCCUCGUCGAACUCGCCAUCGCCUUCGCCACAGGAGGCAAGUAGUCUACCACAAUCCUGCCCCUGCGUUCCGUAUGUGCGGCAGCUUGGCGCGGCUCACGUUCAGUUGCAUUCUGGGCAUCAUGUAGAAAACGAAAGUGCGUGUGCAACUGCUGAUCCAGGCGCGGCAACAUACAGAAAAUGCUGCGUACUAGGUAGUGUGUGGCAGAGUUUCUUUCGGGUUGGCCAAGUUUUCGAUGUUAUACCAAAUAAGCGCUGUCCAGGACGAAUGCAACAAACUUCCCUUACCAGAAGCCCCAGCCGCCUCGGAGUCUCUAUCUUGUACCCGUUUUAAAAACAGUCCAGCCGACUUCACAUGCAUCGUCCAUGCAGUGUCUUUGUGUUCCUAGCAUUCCAGGAAGAGCGCCGGGGGAGUGAAAAACAAAAUGGAGGCUCCUGUGCUAGCACCUUCCAGUGCUAUGAAAAUGCUUCUGCUUUGCAUGUUGUUUGUAAGGAGUUUCCACCGCUUCCGCUGCAGAGAUUCGUAUUUGUGUUCCCCUGCGACCGACCACAGGGACUUUUGGGCGGAGGCGCUAGCCCAACAAGCGACUCGACAGACGUUAAAAAGCCAGCUUCGCCAAGAUCUGUAUAAAUAAAUAUUGGUAUGUGUAUGUCCGUAGUUUCUACGGACGAGGCUGCGUUCGCCCUUUGCCAUUUCUGGAGCAUUUCUAUGUGUAAACGCCUUUGGCAUUGCAAUAUAAAUGCUUCUACUCGUCCGUCCCUGUGGAUCAAAAGAGGAGGACACUGCUCAGCCAGGUUACCCGCGUCUUAAUGCUGGCGGGACGGUUUUUAAUUCGAUGUCGACGGGCCGACAAGAUGGGAACGAAGACGCCCUGGUGCAGGAAUUGAUUACACUAGUAGGGAGCCACUUGAAAGCGCGGAACGAGAACCCACUAUUUGUGCCUGUCCAGCAGUAUUACGAUUGCCUCGACGAAGUGCAGUCAUUUGUCUCUGCCGCAGGCCCUUUCGGUGACGACGCGGAAUUCGGACAGUCCAUGACAACCCCGCUACGCAGGUUUCGCGAAGUGAAGGAUCAGUUCGAAGAACGUGCAAAAAAAGCUCAGCGACCUCAAUUGGACCGUCUGUUCGUGGAAGAUUUUCGAGAACAAGUAAUUAGCCGUCAACAGGAGGACCACCUCGCUUUGAGCAAUAUCAUCCAGCAGAAGCAGCGCGAGCAAAAGACCGCGCUAGACGAAUUGCGGCAGCAGCUGCUAAUGAUGGAGGAAGGCGCACACAGCGGGCAGGCGCAGGAGCUGGACGAUCUGCGUGCCAGGUUAGAAGGCAUUGGUCUGCCGGCAGCUUGGAAGGAGGCUGCACGUGUCCAUUGCAAUAUUCAUGUUGUCGGCUCCUGCGUGAAAUUUGUUCGCGGCACCUCUUCUGGGUAUCCAAGUCUAUACUCUUUUAUUUUUUUGUCUAGGAUGACGACGGACACGGAGGAACAAGAGCAAGAACAGGGUAUUUACAUACUUACAGGCGUCCAAGUAGGUACUUAACAAGAAUGCGUGGCGCUGGCACGCUCGAUGCUGCGAUCUAUUGAGACGUCUGCUCGUAGGUAUUGACCUAUGUGGUGUGGCGGACUGGUCUUUCGUUUUUGUGCCACCUACUGUUGGCGUACAAUAUGGAGGGGACAGGGCCAGCGCUAUCUAUGUAUAAUCACGAUCCGAGGAAUAAGUAUAAGAGGAACAUGGGCGCGAGGUGUGCACGCAAGACCCAGACAACAUAAUUAUUUCCUUUGAUAUCUUGUUGCCUCGGUGAUUCGUUGGCUGAAGACUUUGACGGAGAAUUGGCUGCAACGAGCGACCGCAUUGCCAGUGCUAGGAACGCCGCGGCGACACAGGGGGUGUUGGACCAGGUGGAGGGACAUCUGAGUAGAGCAGAAGCAAGCUUGCGCGCAUCGGCGGAGACGCUCACUGAGCUCGAAGCCUUUCAUGACGGGAUAAUGGCAGCCAGUAGCAGUGCCCCAGGGGAUGAGGUUAGUUCGGCCGAGCGGCUGGGUUUCCUGCGGGGUGCGGCGGCAGAAACGGUCGGGAGAAUCAAGCAGCAAAAAACCCAAUUGGCUGCCCUGGAACAUAGCAAUGAAGCUGCAUCGUUGUCCCUUCGUCGCUGCGACGAGCUUCUGGGUGCGCAAGGCGAGGAGCGAGAUGCUCAGGUAGGGGCAGAGGCCGACCGCCGUGGCCUUCGCAACAAAAUCCUACUGGCAAAGGGCCUCUUGGAUGCGGAAAUUUCGGGGGCCGAAAAUGCGCGCGGGAAGAUUAACAACUACCCUCUGGAGGAUGUUUUGGAAAAGGCGCUCAUAAGUGCGCUGCAGCGAGCGGAGGAUGCCGGCCGCGCUCUGAGCGACGAAGAGGGUGGUGGGCUGCCAGAGGCUUUCCAGCAGGCCUCGGUGAACCCGAGAAACGGCGAUGGCUUUGACACGCUAAAGCGCCUCGCUGGCGAGGCUUUGGUCGAGAUCCAAGCGGGCGCCGCUGGUUACGAAGAGGCAGGCGAAGCGCUUAGUGUUCUUUCGGGGCUGCGCGACGACAAUCCCGCGCCCCCCGCGGCAGGGGCCCCGGCUGGCACUGGCCAGGAACAAAAGCGCUAUGGUGCCGGGUUGCGCCUUCUGCGGUCCCGCGCGAUCUUUGCACGCAAGCUUGCCGAAACCGAGAGCCAGGUCAAAGACGCCCUUGCUUCGCUCCGUGUGGAUUUGGCCCGCCACAUGGGCAAAGAAACCGACGGCCACCUACUUUCCCAAGAUGCAAACGACCUUGCGGCGCUGGCCACUGGGCUCCGGGAGGUGUUCGCGCUGCCGAUUGGCGACUGCCUGAGGGAGCUCGACAGGUUUUCAAAAAUUGCGCCGCGCGUCGAGGACCCAGCGGCGCAGGGGCAGCAAUUGCACAGCGCCAAAUUGCAGGAGCGCGUCGCUGCCCUUGCCGAAGAGGUUGACAAACUGCGUAGCGAGUUGAUGGAGUUCGUCCGCAAGGCCGGGGAGCGCAAAAUUGCCACCCUCGCAGAAGCCGAAAAUGCGCUGCGGGACGUAAUGGAACAGGCGGGGGAGCAGUUCAGGGCGGCAGAAGGCGCGCUCCAGGGCGCGGCCGCCGCCAUUGCUGCUGCGGACUUUCAAGAGCCGGACACGGUUUGGGAAGCCGCGGUGGAUGCCGCACUUUCCGCAGGAAAGGCACUUCGGGCUGCAGGCUUCGGCGCCUUGCUUGAUUCCCGCAAGGGGCUCGUGGUGGGACUUGCGCAAGGACCGACCGAAAACCCCGCAUUGCCUAGUUUGAUUGGUGAGGCAGGGAAAUUGGCCGCAGCGAUCGCAGGCCACUUCGGCCGCCUUGAUGAAAUGCAGCAGUCGGUUCGCGAAAAGCGAGCGGAGCUCGCGAAGGGCCGCCAAAGCAGGCUGGGCGAGGCCUGCGGUGACGUAGCCUCUGCCGAGGGAGACGAGAGAGUCGCGUUCCACACCGAGGUGGCCUCGGCCGCUCAGCUUGAGGCGUACCUGGAGGCGGCGACCAAGUUGAGACGGGCGCUCGCACAAUGUCGGGAGGCCGCGCGCGAUCUGGCGCAUCGUAUCAAUUUCGAGCCAGCCGGGGGCGUUGUUCUAGAUUCCGAGGGGAAGCUGCGAAAACUCGCUGAGCGGGAAGGGACGAAGCGGGCGGAGCUGCAAACGUAUCUAGAGGCCGCCAAGGGAGCCCGGCGCCGUGCGGCAGAAGAGCAAGAACGGCGCGGCCGCGCGCAGAAGGAGACGAGGCUGGGGAAGCUCCGGGACUUUGCCCUCGGUCUUGGGGGAGCUUUGGCUGCCGCAAAUUCGGCCAUUCGCAGCGCGGGGGCGCUGAAAGGGCUAACAGCCCCCCCCGGUGACGCCGCCCGGGCGUUUCGAGACGAUGCCCGCCACGCCGCCGGAAAGCUCGCAGCGGUGCAAAGGGCAUCACGCCUGGAGCCUUCGAACCCGCUGCUACAGCAGGUGCAGUCUGCAAGAAUUCGGGCGCAGGCCGCUGCUGGUGAUGCGGUCUUGCGCUUUGCCUCCAGUAUCGAGGCAGCGCUUGCCGGCUGCGCGGACAUCUCUCGAGUCGGCCAUGACGGUUUCGGCGAUCGCACCGCCCUGCGAAGCUCGUCCGGGGAAGGCCAACCAUGGCAGGACAUGGCGCUGCAACGGGCCGGAGACAUCCAAAGGGCCAUGGACGGAGCCCGCAUGAGUGCCGGCUUAGGCACCGCGCUUGACGUCGUUUGUGAAACGUACAAACUGCAGCCCCCGCUGCAGCAGCAAAAUACCGUGUCGGACGUUGAGGCAGCUCUCCGAAGUGAGGCGGGGCGCGAAAAAUGCGAAAAGGCGGCCAGCUUGGGCCGAGAGAUUGCGCGAUGCCGGAGCGGGCUAGAGGCUGUGGCAGUGUCUUUGCAGAGCGAGGCCCUGAACAUGGCGACGGGGGGCGCCCAUGCUGACGUGGGCACCUGCGCCGAAGCUGCCAUCGAGGCGCGGAGCUUGGGGGAGGGCAGAAUGCUUGCCACUGCAAGAGCAGUUUCCGCCGCAGCAGCGAGAAUACAAGCGCGCGCCGCGUUCCUUGAGCAGUUUGACCCGCUUGCCGCGUCUACAAUGUGGGGCACGGGCGACGGCCGCCAGGCCCGAACUGGCUUUGCGGCUGCGGCCGCAGAAAAUGAAACCGCCCGUCGGGAUUGCGAGGCAGCGGCCGCGGCCAUCGAUCGUGGCGCCCAACGGCUCGCGCAGGCCACGCGCCAGGGGUGUGAAGGCGACGGGGUGGCUGUGGCUAGAGAGGACGCAUUGCGCAGCGGGCUCGAGGUCGUGCGUGGCGCACAGGAGGCGCUUCGGGCUCUCCCAAGAGGAGGAGGGCAAUCCCCAGCCGGGCAGGCACUUACAGAAGCGGCGAGCGCCUGCCAGAAUGCACUUGCCGAAAGGGAAACACGGGCGCGGCGUGCGUGUGACAGUGCAGGCGCUGCACUUAGCGGGCUCGCGGCGGUGCUCGGGCCCGCCGGGGUACCGGACGGCGGACACGGGCUGGGGCUACGACAACUCGCCGCGCCGGCUCAAAUGGCAUUGCGCGGGGAGGAGACGGUCAGGGCGAUGCAGCGGCGGCUCGACUUAGCUUUGCGAAGCCUCUCCCCGGAAGCCGCGGGAGCCGGCUCGGGCCAGAACUGGCAUUCUGUCGAGGAAGCAUGCGUGCAGUUGCUCCGCGACGUGAACGAUGCCGCGGCCGGACUUAGAGAACAACAAGAGGCAGACGCGCAGAGGGAGGCGGAGGGCGAGACGGCCCGCAAGGAGCUCCAGGGCUAUUAUGAUCCCGACGGGGAACCUUUUCUCUCAGAGCGGAAUGCCAUGCAGGGCCCUCUUCAAAGACGUGAAAGGAUAUACUUUUCUUCAAAGACGUGAAAGGAUAUAUAUAGUAGAAAACUUUUCUCAGUGCGCCUCUUAUGUAAAAGCCUGCGUUUGUCAUGGGCGAAAGCAGAAUAAGAAAGAAGUAAAAUAAGUAUCAAUGGUUCAGCGCAACGGGCUCUGCCCUCGCUCUGCUUCAGGAUCUAGCAUGAAGGGGCUUCCAAAUGCCCCGCAUUUCCCGUGCGGCCCCUCUUCGCCGCACAGAUGCCCGCAUUUGUAUCAUGGCGGCUUUUGUUAUGGCGAAUCUUCAAACGCCGCACGCGAUCUCAAUGCAGCUAGUCACGCUACCUAGGCUUAGGUCAUGGCGCGGCAAAGUGUUUUCAUGAGGAAGGGGGCCCGCGUUGCCAGUACUGCCCGCUCCGGGGGGUAGGGACUCUUGACAGGGUCAUAAGCACACGGACCGCUGUGUGGAAAUUCGGUCCGUGGUUGAGCUAUGUCCUGCAAAAAAAUACGUCUGGGCCGGCGCAACUUUGGAUGAACAGUGAAAAGAGCCUCCGCCGUUUGCAUGCUUCGGGAUGGAACUACGGUGGGCUUCGUUCUCGGGCUAUUCCGGUUUCCCACCUCAGACAGUUUAUAAAGUAGUUACUAGGUAUGUAUCCUGAAGCGCUUUCGUGUGCUGCUGGGUCAUGCAUUUAUUCAAUUUCCGUGCCGUUCUCCUUCUCGUUUCCAGCGAUGUUGGAAGCUUCGGCAUUGGAAGGAGGUUCCAGCAUAACGCGAUGAAGCGGAGCAAUUGAUUCUGUUGCAAGAAGGGCCGAGGACGAUGUUCCGAUCGGGACGUAACCUAAGCUGAAUGCAUUCGUCUAAAAGAGAGAUAAUAAAUAUGCAUCAAAGUAGCCCGGCGUAUUGAUUCUUGCGUGGCAUACCGCAAGAGUUUGGCAGAAGUCCCCUCUGCCCGUCUGGAAUCGCAGCUACAGGAAAAGGUGGGUGAGGGGGAAACGAGUGUGGCUCAGCUGAAAGGUAUUUUGGAUAAGCUCCAGGGAUUGCAAAUUGCGUCGCCGCAACAGCAGCACCUCCUAGAAGAAGCAUUCAGACACUGCGGAGCGGCGAUGAAAUCCGCGACGUUGCUUCGAGACCAGGCGCAACAAAGCAUUCAGCACCGGCAGGCUGAAGCUACGGUGACCGUUUACUUUCGAGACAAAGGCGCUGCGAUUAUCCUAUGUAAAAACGUCCCCACCGCCACCCCAGAGUUGUCAUGCAAAUCUGCAUGCUGAAAAUAUUUGUCACGCGGAGCCCCAUGAGAGGCAUUUUAUAGUCGUGAUUCGGAUUUUGUCAUGCUCUAAUCAGAAUCAAUGAUAUGCUAGAUCUGUGAUGCUGCUGCACUAGCUAAAACAGGAUCACACUACGAGGCCAAAUUUGUCAUGGAUAGAUCCCACAACUUGGAGAUUUGUGUUGCAAAUUUACCAACUUGACUAUUGGGUGCGGACGUUUUUCCACAGGAUAGCGAUCUGUGGGGGACCAGGGUUGGGCCAGGCUUCUCUCGGUUUACCGCUCAAUUUUUCGCCCAAUCCGAACAGCUUGGCGCACAAGAUCAUUCUCAUAUGACAGUGCGCAAUUCUUCCUCCUCCGCAUUUGUCAUGCAAAAACCCAAAUCCAGUUGCUACCUUGUGGCACUGCUUGCAUGACAAAUUCCGGAAAUCCAAACUAUACCACACUCGGCGCAUGAACCUGUCAUGCACAGGGUCCACCUGUACUGGUGAUUGUAAUGCUGUUGAUGCCAUACAAAUCGAAUCCAAAUGAGGGGGAGGGGGAGUUGUGCACUCGGAUAUCUCAAAAACGAGAUUUACAACGAGCUGCCACCAGAAACGGCGGAGCGGAUCCUCGGAAUCGAUGUGCAUUUUGGCCCUGCCCUAUCCAAGAAAAAAACUGUGUUAGUGUAACUUUCUUUGGCUGACAGCAUCACAAAUUUGCUCUACACGACAGAGAAAACCUGUCAUGCGUGGCUUGUAAGGGAAAAUACACAUGAAAAAAAAGAAAAACUUCAUGGCUGUGUGGCAUGACAUGUGUAACUCUGUUGCAUGUUCUGCAUUACAGAGUUACACUUACGCAGUUUUUUUCUUGCAUAUCCCCCGGAAGGCGGCAAGAAGGUUUGGCUGAUCAGUUUCCGCUAUGCGUUGCAAAUAUGUCUGGGUCAGGAAGAGUUCGAAUUUGUGAUGCGAAGUCUACAUCAUGACAAAAUCUGUCAUGCAUGGCUAGCAAAAGGCCCCAGUUCUUGUUACCGAAAGAAGGGAUUUGUCAUGCGGAUUAGGCAUAAUUGGGACACCUGCUCAAAAUCUGUGAUGCUAGAGCUUGCAUGCCAGACAAUCUGGAUCAGGCAAAAACUGCAUCAUUUCACAGAUCUCACAUUCUUCCAGACCCAGACAAAUUUGCAUUUGAUAUCCGCUGCGGACGCACAAUUUCGUCCCGGGGUGACGACGAGGUGCUCGGAGCCUGA